AUGCGACUUAUCAACAUUCUCUCUUUGCCGGCAAUUGCUGGUUGCACUAUGGGCAACCCUGUAGUACAACGCGCUGUAUCAGUACAGAUUCAAAAUUUCCAUGCCGACCUUUACUCCAAUAAUUCGCUGGGCACACUCCAAUUCGCAGUACAGAGCCCCGGUAACAAUAUAGAUGAUUCAUGCUAUAUAUAUUGGAACCCGAGUGGUGCGAUCCAGCCGGGCAUGGAUCCUAACAAAUGCGCUCAAGAUCAUUUUGAAUUUGGAUUUCGAUAUGGAUUGCAGAUUGAGAACUUUUCUAUGUAUUUGAAUCAAGUGGGUGGUACGACGCAGGCUGUCUACCAGGUACUCAAUUCCGAGGCGAAGGAUUCUAAGUGGGUUUGUACCAAGGACCCAAAUGAGGGGAUUAAAGAAAGCUGUGAGUACAACGGGGUAUUGAGCAUUAAUUUUUGA